AGAGAGAGACUGAGUGCACUUCAGCACAAACUUUGCUGACUGUGACUGCAUGGGGUUUGGUCCACUAUGUCCGAGUGCACACUGUAUCCUCAGUUUAGACUUGGAGAGUCGCGGUUUGAUCAGGGGUCCUUUUAUGGGAGGUUAAGACAUUUCCUGGAUGUGAUUGACCCUCGCAUGCUCUUUGUAUCAGAGAGUCGUCUGAAUGAAAGUGUGAAACUCUUAGAACAAUUUAAAGAAUGCACUCUUCCUGCAAGUGUGACAAAUGCACAGCUUUGGGAGGCUCAGAAGGUAAAACAGGCCAUCUUCCAUCCAGACACUGGAGAGAAGAUCCCCAUGCCCUUUCGCAUGUCAGGUUAUAUCCCCUUUGGUACACCAGUGGUUGUGGGUCUCCUACUUCCCAAUCAGACCCUGGCCUCGACUAUUUUCUGGCAGUGGCUGAACCAAAGCCAUAAUGCUUGUGUGAACUACUGCAAUCGCAACGCAUCUAAGUCUACAGGGAUGUCACAAUUCUUCCAGGGAUACUUGGGUGCAGUCAGCAGUGCAGUUACCAUCGCAGUGGGACUGAAUGUUCUGAUUCGAAAAGCUGAGCAUUUCAGCCCAGCCACAUGGCUUCUGGUCCAAAGGUUCAUCCCUUUUCCUGCUGUUGCGAGUGCCAAUGUGUGUAAUGUGUUGCUGAUGCGUCAUAGUGAGCUGUCUGAAGGCAUCAGUGUGUUGGAUGAGCACGGUAACAUAGUGGCCACCUCUAAGCUGGCAGCCAGGCGUGCUGUGUUGGAGACAGCGGUGACCCGUGUAGUCCUGCCCAUGCCUAUCCUGGUGCUGCCACCCAUGCUGAUGGCUAUGCUGGAGAGACUCCCCUUACUGAAGACACACCCUCGCCUUGUGCUGCCUGUACACAGCUUGGUGUGUCUCUGUGCAUUCGGCCUGGCUCUGCCCCUUGCCAUCAGUCUGUUCCCCCAGAAUAGUCAGAUUCAUGUAUCUCAGCUUGAGCCAGAGAUCUCUGCAGCAAUUGAAUGCAAGUUCCUGACCUACAACAAAGGCCUUUAACCAGUUUGGCACUUGCAAUAAACGACUCGGGAGUCUUUCGUAACAUGAGUCAGAUGUGUGUAUGUGUAUUUUAGAACCAUUUGCACACCGUGACAGGUGCAUUCACACACCAGCACUAAUCACUUGCCUUCUCUGCAAUCAAGUGUCUCCUUGGGUAGUCAAGAACAUUACUGCCAAAUCACCAUGAAAUUAACAUCAGAAUGACAGAAAAAGUACCUUAAUUUUUUCAAUUGUAGCUGUUUGUAAGGCUACAUCCACACGACAACGGCAACGAGAUUUAAAAAAAAUAUAUCGCGUCCACAUGGGCAACGGAUCAGUAAAAUAUCAGGUCCAUAUGGCAACGCAGCGCUUGCUGAAAACGAUGCAAUACACAUGCCACACCUCUAGGUGCGCUGUAAGACGGUCCCAUCGGAGACACCACAACAAUAGAAGAAGUAAGGACGCAUGCGCAUAAACUAUUAUGCGCGAGACUUCAUAUUAGCCACAAAGUCAGAAAAAUCUGUUCGUAAAAUUACGUUAGAAUGACCAAAUAAAUGAAAAGUAUUUUUCCAGUCUCACCUGUGAAAGGUAAUCCCAUGUGAUCUCGUUUGGAUGGCAAACCUGUUGGUACAGUUAAACGCAGCACAUGAAUGAGGCAUCUUUAUUCUCCGCUUUGACCCAUCCAAUAUGGCGGCGAGGAUGACGUAUGAUUCUAUGCGGAAGGCGGCGUCUUUAAUGGUCCGGAAUAAAUUGAAUGCUACACGUUGAUGGAUUAAUUUGUUCUUCUACGCCCUUUUUGAGGAAUGUAUUGUAGGACUUAAACCAACAUCUGAAGAGGUGAGAUCGCUCCUUUUUUUCCCUAUUUUUGCUGGCGGGAUUGACUCUCACUCACUCUCUCUCUCUCUCUCUCUCUCUCUCACUUUGCACCAUUACACAAUAUUCACAGUGAAAAUAUUUUGUAAGCGCAUUUCAUGAACCAAGUUAUAGGAUUUGUUGACAACUCGCAUCGAGUUCGUUACACUUCUA